AUGCCAGCUCUGAUGUUCAGCACCAGACAGGGGAUACGUGACUUUGAACGUGAAAUUCUAUGUUCAGAUUUUUCCGCUAGUCAGGUUCGGGCUAGAGUGAAAAUGGUUUACUUUAAACUUGAAAUACAAGCACAACCCGACGAGCGCAAAAAUCUUAAAUGCUCAAGCGGGAGCUUUAAUUUGCACUUCUUUCGUAAUCUAGCGCGUAAUGUGAGGGAAAAGAUGGCGUACGGUUUUCAGCCUGGUCUUUCAAUGCCUGAAAGUGAUUUCCCUUUAGAGGAACGAAUUCCAGGAUAUUAUGGGUAUUGCCAACCUGAGAAUGGUUACUGGGUUGGAUAUGGACUGCCAAGUGUAGCAACAUGUCCUGUUAGUAAUCAUAUAGGCACCGAAGCAGAGAAUACAUGCAUGAACAAUGCCAUCCCAUCUCCGUGUCCAUAUGGGUUCCUAUCUGCCAACUGGUUGGAGGAGCAGCAGUCAUGGUAUCCACAGCCUGCACCGUUCCUUUUUGAUGAUGGUCAAUCAUCGUACCCAGAGCCUGCCAAGUGCUUUCCUAAUGAUGGGCAGUCAUGGAGCCCAGAAUCUUUACCAUUCUCUUCUGAUGGUAGCCAAUCAUGGUGCCCAGAGCCUCCAACGUACCCUGUUGAUGGUAGGCAGCCAUGGUUCCCAGAGCCUCCACCAUACCCUGUUGAUGGUAGGCAGCCAUGGUUCCCAGAGCAUUCAUCAUACUCCCCUUAUGGUUGGUCAUCUGGACAGCAAGCAACUGGAAAUAGUGUGAUUGGCUUUGAAAACUUUGGUAUUUCAGGGGUUAGUGAUUUCAGUGUCCCUCGGCAUGGGAUGGAUUUGGCAUUACAACAUAGCGUAAACAGGGACAGUCCAUUAUCUAAUGUUAAGAGGAGGAACAGCUGCCACAUAGGCUCCUGGGACAGGAACAUAGAGCAUGAUGUCACAGCCAACAGAAAAGCAAGACGUCAGUCCAUGUACAACCCGAGCACAGUGAAUGACAAUAAACCUUUUUUUACUUCUGCUAUAAAUGUGGACAGAAAUCUUGAGAGCACCGAGUUUCAGAUUCAUUUAGUGGAUUUCCCCUCCAACAGCAACAAGCACCUGGCUUCCUUUGUUGACUCUGUAAAACAGAUAAGAAAUAAAUAUCCUGCUUCAGACUCUGCAUCAAACCCUGGCAGGAUAUGGAGCGUUACCAUGAUGUUUCCCAGUGACCCUGCUGUUGGCUCCCAGGUGACAGUCACUGUGAUUGGUGACAUCAUACCCCAGCCAGUGACCUGUAUCCAGAAAGGUAAAUUCCAUGAUAUUACACAUAGAGAUUUGUAUCCGUGUUAUUAUGAAAACCCUCUUUACAACACGCAAAAGUUCUAUCCGAUGUGUCAAUCCCAUGACAUAUAUGUAUAUUGUCCGCUAGUAGACGUGCCCAGACAAGAAUCACACUGA